AUGAGCCUGAAACUCCUCGUGAAAGUCGCCAACGUGGCCAGCGUCGUGACCAUCGUCGGCUGUGUCUUCACUCUUCUCGUCUUGGUCUACGACAUCAACCAGCUCUACGAGGUCACCAUGGAAGACAUGGUCGAAUUCCGAGUGAGCUUCUGCCUUCUCAUACACGUCUAGAACAAUUAUCUUCAGUACACAUCCAACGGCGCCUGGCUCGACAUGAUCGAAGCGACCCAAUUCGUCCAGCCACCCAAGAACGUCGCUCAAGUCUUCGGCCGUGCCAAGAGACAGGCUUCCAAGUGCAACUGCGGAGCCGCCAACUCUUGCCCUGCCGGUCCGGCCGGACCUCCCGGACAGCCUGGAACUCCGGGAUUCGACGGAGUUCCUGGUGAAGCCGGCGUAGACGGUCACCGUGGCUCCGCUGCUCAGGCUCCUUCCAUCAUGCCUCCCUACCAGGACAGCAGCUGCACCCAAUGUCCAGCCGGAGCUCCAGGACCCGCGGGACCAGACGGACCUGUCGGAGAGCCAGGACCCGACGGACAGCCUGGAUAUCCUGGAAAAGCCGGCGCCGAUGGCCUUAUCGGGCCUGUUGGUCCUGCCGGAGACAUGGGAUACGCUGGAAUGCCAGGCGAGAUCGGUCAGCCAGGAGCUCCUGGAAAGAACGGACAGAAAGGGCAUGGCCUUCCCGGAGCACCUGGACCAGUCGGACCACGGGGAAAUCCUGGAGCCGCCGGCGCUCAAGGAGAAGCUGGAGCUGAUGGAAAGCCUGGAGCAGUCGGACCAGUUGGAGCGCCAGGGAAAGAUGGUCAGACCGGACCUGAUGGGGAAGUUGGAGCGACUGGAGCUGCAGCUGCACCAGGAGCCGAUGCUGGUCAGUCUUUUCAGUACUUUGAUUUAUAACUAAUUAAUUCCUCAACAUAGACGGUACAAAAAAUAGAUCAAUCUCAUUCAAAAAAUCUCAUUUUUCAGGCUACUGCCCGUGUCCCGACCGCAGCGGCGGCUACAAAUAUUCUCAAGCUUGA